UCAAGGCCAAGAGAGAGGUGCCAGGAGACUGUCUGGGGCUCAAAGACUGGACUGGACUCCUGGGUCCCCAAGAAAGAAUAUAUGUCCAGAGGACGUUGCCAUAAGGCCAUCAUUGUUAGAGCCCUGCUGCUCCCAGAGGCUUCUCAUCUAGAAGGAUCGGGCGAGGCCCUCUCAAAGUCUACCUCUGCCAGGACUGAGGGAGCAGAGCCGCAUAGCGGAGGUGCAUCCCCAGAGGGGUGGGCCCAGUCCAAGGUGGAGCCUUGAGCCUUGAGCUACAGGAGGGCAAAGAGGCCCCAAAACGGCCCGAACCCCGCAGGAGUGGAGCCUGACACUUGAAUUAGUGGCGGGUCCUCAGGCCUGUGGGCAGAGCCAAGAGCUGAAAAGAGAUGUCCAGUCUGGCUGGAAGAGUGGGAGCUCGGGACCAGAGGCUGAAGCCAAGAAUUGAGGGCACUAGUUCUGUAACCAAAGGCAGGGAUUUAGGCCUGGGGCCAGGGCCAAAAGCUGAAAGGUGGGCCUCCAGUGAGGCCGGGGGCAGGGCCCAGCCUCCGAGAGGGGUGCCUCUGGCAAAUGGCGGGGUCGAGCCAGGAAAAGCAGCGGGAUCGGGGACUGGGAGGUCGGCGUCCGGGGAGUCCGGGAGCCGCCGGCUCCGGCGGCCGCCCUCGCUGGGCCGCGUGGCGGUGGUGGUAGACCAGGGCUCGGGCUUCAUCAAGGCGGGUUUCGGGGGCGAGCGCCAGCCCCGCCUGGUGCUGAAGAGCUCCAGCCUGGUGCCCGCCUGGGACCGGCCUGUGCUGCCCGGCGCACCCGGCGACGAGGUGGCGGGCCGCGUGGUGCGGGCGCAUCCCAUCAAGCACGGCAUGGUGGUGGACUGGGAGGCGCUGGAGGGGCUGUGGGAGCGCCUGCUGGUGGGCGGCCUGCGGGUGUGCCCGGAGCAGUGGCCCGUGCUAGUGAGUGACUCGCCGUCGGCACCACCCGCGAGCCGCGAGAAGGUGGCCGAGCUGCUCUUCGAGGCCCUGGCAGUGCCCGCGUGCCACAUGGCCAGCACGGCGUUGCUGGCGCUCUGCUCCACGGGCGCGUUCAGCGGGCUGGCCGUGGAGGCAGGUGCGGGCGUGUGCCACGCCACGCCUGUCUAUGCGGGCCACUCGUGGCACCAGGCCACCUUCCGGCUGGACGUGGCAGGCAGCAUGCUGUCGCGCUACCUGAGGGACUUGCUGGUGGCAGCGUGCCCCGAUCUAUCGCUGCGGGCCUUGCCCCGCAAGGCCAUCACACAGCUCAAGAAGCACUGCUGCUAUGUGUCGCUGGACUUUGAGGGUGACCUUCAGAACGCUGACCGCCACCAUCCGGUCAGUCUCUGCUUAGGCACUGGGUGCUCCAUCUGCCUCAGCAGCGAGCGCUUCCGCUGCCCGGAGCCCAUCUUCCAGCCGAGUCUACUAGGCCAGGCUGAGCCAGGACUGCCUGUACUGGCCUUCCAGGCGCUGCAGAGGGUCCCUGCAACUUUACGGUCACGGCUGGCUGACACUGUGGUGCUGGCCGGUGGUUCCACGCUUUUCCCUGGCUUCACUGAGCGCCUAGAAAUGGAGCUGGAGGCACAGUGCCAGAGGCACAGCUUUGGGGCACUUCGGCCUCACCUGGUUGCCAGCCCUGGGCGUGGCACAGCAGUGUGGACAGGCGGCUCCAUGGUGGCCUCCUUGCGCUCCUUCCAACAGCGCUGGAUAACCCGGCCCAUGUAUCAGGAGUGGGGCUCCAGGCUGGUGCACGAAGUGUUCAACUGAAUCAUGCUGGGCUGGAGGGGAGGUGCCACGUGAGGGGCUGCAGAGGCUCGGUAGGCUGAGCUAUAGCUCUAUCAGGAAUUGAGUGCCAAAUAAAAGUCUCAAGUGAUUGGA